GAAACCAGACCCAGCUGCUGCCCCAGUGUGAUGAUUCCCUGUCUGACCCAGCAGGCUCCACUGCCUCAGAGGAGCAGGCUGCCAACUGCUCAGACAGCAGACAGCUGCGCCUGGUGGAUGGAGGCAGUCACUGUGCAGGGAGAGUGGAAAUCCUGCAUCAGGGCUCCUGGGGCACCAUCUGUGAUGACAAUUGGGACCUGCGAGACGCCCACGUGGUAUGCAGACAGCUGGACUGUGGAGUGGCCCUCAAUGCCACGGCCUCUGGUCACUUUGGGCAGGGAUCAGGGCCCAUCUGGCUGGAUGAGCUGAGCUGCACAGGAGAGGAGUCCCACAUGUGGAAGUGCCCUUCCCGGGGCUGGGGACAGCACGACUGCAGGCACAAGGAGGACGCAGGGGUCAUCUGCUCAGAGUUCCUGGCCCUCAGGGUGGUGAGCGAGGACCAGGAGUGCGCUGGGUGGCUGGAGGUUUUCUACAACGGGACCUGGGGCAGUGUCUGCCGCAGCCCCAUGGAAGACGUGACCUUGUCCAUGGUCUGCAGACAGCUUGGCUGUGGGGACAGUGGGACCCUCAACUCUGAUGUUCCUGCCAGGGAAAGUUCUAGAAUCCAGUGGGUGGACGGAAUCCAGUGCCGGAAAACAGAUGCCUCUCUCUGGCAGUGUCCUUCUGACCCUUGGAAUGCCAGAUCCUGCCAUCCAAGGGAAGUAGCUUAUGUCACGUGCGCAGGACACAGACCCAAGAGCUGCCCGGACUCUGUGCCCUGCACAGGUACCUCAGCCCUCCCCCCUCCCCCAUGGCUCCCAGGGGCUCCUUCCCUCCACCAGGGCAGUGAGAGCAGCUGCUGCCGCCUUUCCAGACAGAAAGAAGCCGCAGCUCAGGGGAGGAGACAGCACGUGCUCAGGCCGCGUGGAGGUGUGGCAUGA